CUUUAGUCAAAGUAGUUCGAUUGAACGAGAUUGUCGACAUGGGAGUUCUGCAGAUUGUGUUGUCGCUGCUGUGCGUGAGCGUGGCCACCGCUGAGGUAGCAACGGUAUAUAAGAAGUAUCCUGCCAACUGCAAGGAUGCCAAGGCCAAGAAGAAUGGCAUCUACAAGAUACAGCUAAAUGGCGGCGAGCCCUUCGAUGUCUACUGCGAUGCGACGCUCAAUGGCACCGGCUGGCUGGUCAUCCAGCGCCGUGUCGAUGCCAGACUUAACUUCUUCCGCAAUUGGUCCACGUACCAGCAGGGCUUUGGCGAGCUGAACGGCAGCUUCUUCAUUGGCCUGGACAAGCUGAAUGCUCUAACUACGAAUCAGCGCAACGAACUCUAUGUGCACCUGGAGGACUUUCAGGGCCACACUCGCUUCGCCAAGUACAAUGCGUUUGCCAUUGGCAACGAGGCGAAUCUCUAUGGCCUAAAUACCCUGGGCAGCUAUUCCGGCACGGCUGGCGAUGCGCUCAGGUAUCAGCAGUACUCGAAGUUCAGCACCUUCGAUCGCGACAACGACAACAGCACCAGCAACUGCGCUGCUCAGUUCUCAGGUGCCUGGUGGUAUAACAGCUGCAUGUACAGCAAUCUGAAUGGCGAAUACUUGGGCGGCGAGUACGGAAACGCUCUGGCUGGGCGUGGCGUCUGCUGGGUCCAGUGGCUGGGCGUUAACUAUUCGUACAAGCGAGUGCAAAUGAUGAUACGUCCACUGAAAUAGAUAAUACGCAGAUAAUGCCCAACGACUUUGACUGCCAUAGAUCUUGUGAUCCAGGGGAAAAUGUGUUUAGAUUUUGAUGUAGGAUCAUUUGGUCCGCUGACAGCUGUUCCAGUCACGAUCUGUAAAUUCCGCAUAACUUUGUCAAAAUGUUCGCUCCCGACAGUUUGUCGGAGCCGACCGAAAAUAGAAACUCUUAAUUGCGAGUAUUACGUUGAAAAUGAUACCAAUAAACACAGAGCCCGAACGACAAAAAC